GGCGGAAUGUAGGUCACCAAGGCAACCGAUCACUUGGUGCACAGCUGGUGAGCCCUUGGGGCUGAGGUUCCACUGCUGGCAGAGAAAAGGGUAGGGUUGGCAUGGGGCAAUGUUUGAGGUACCAGAUGAACUGGGAGGACUUGGAAGAAUACCAGGCCUUGACCUUCUUGACCAGAGAUGAAAUCCUGUGCAUCCACGACUCCUUCCUGAAGCUCUGUCCCCACGGGAAGUACUACAAGGAGGCCACCUUGACCAUGGACCAGGUCAGCUCCCUGCCAGCUCUGAGGGUCAACCCUUUCAGAGACCGAAUCUGCAGAGUGUUCUCCCACAACGAUGCGUUCUCCUUCGAGGAUGUGCUGGGCAUGGCAUCUGUGUUUAGCGAGCAGGCCUGCCCCAGCUUGAAGAUCGAGUACGCCUUCCGCAUUUACGAUUUUAAUGAGAAUGGCUUCAUCGACGAGGAGGACCUGCAGAGGAUCAUCCUUCAACUGCUCAACAGAGACGACGUGUCAGAGGACCUGCUGACCGACCUCACCAGCCACGUCCUGAAUGAGUCAGAUCUGGACAAUGACAACAUGCUGUCUUUCUCAGAGUUUGAACACGCGAUGGCCAAAUCUCCGGACUUCAUGAAGUAAGGUGUUCUGGAGUGAGGGGGGAUGCCCAGCAUAGUGGGGGACAAGAAGCCCCCCCCACCAGUCUUCCUCGGCCAAUGGGACACCUUGGUCUUCCCAGUGAGGUCAUGAGUUUCCAGGGCAAUUCGCAGAUUCUUUCAGCAUCAGCAAAACUGGAGCUUCUGAGAAAUGAGGUAACCUGGAAAGAGACAGGGAGUGGGGUUUCAAAAGGCAAAGGCGGGAUUGCAUUCCAGGCUUUGCAAACGACGUGGGUGGUCCAGACUUCAGGCGCGGUCCCUCUACAGCCAACACAAAGCCCGCUAGGCUCCAGGACUGACCUGGGGAGUUGCCCUUGCCGCUGUUGGUCCUGCUGCCGUGCCGCCACAACCUCCCGUGGUCACUGGGAGCUGGGGAUUGGCAUGGAAAUGUCGGGGGGGAGCGGCAGGGAUGAAGAUGCUGGUGAUGGAGCUCAGAGAAGAGCUCAAGCAUUUCCAUCAGGCAGAAGGGGGCCUUAAUGGUCGUUAGCUGUCCAAACUCCUUUGAGACAAUUGGCCAUCUCCAUACUGGCUGUAUUUAACAGUCUUAUUUGGGUCCUUCCAGUUGUGGGAAACAUACCACCGCUGAAGGCAGCCCGUUUCAUGAGGAACAGCCCUUUUAGGGCAAUCUUCUCGCACUGAGCUGCAUCUGUUUGCCUGUGUCUGCCACUCCUGGGCCCUAUUCUGCCCUUGGUCUUCAGUCUAGGUGAUUUUGGUAGCAAGGAAGGAUGCCCACUCAAAAUGGUUUAACAAACCACUCAAAAAAGAAUGAAAACAGAUAGACCCCAGAGAGCAGCUGGUCGGGGGCAGAGCCUCUGCCUCAGUCCUCAGCAGCUCUGCGCUUUGCUUUAUGUGCAGCCAGCAAUCUCUGCUUUGUCAGACGUGAGGCCAAACGUGGCCUCCACAGCGGUCAAGUUUAUAUCUAUUUGGCUCAGUGAAUGUCCCUCAGCUCUGGCUCCAAAUUCUCAGAGAAUCUGAUUGGCCAGCUCCAGGCAGGUGUCCAGACCUCUUCCAACUGCCUGGCCGGAGCAGAGGGCCCUCCAUUUCAACAUGGUUGCCAGAGGGCUUAGCCUGGGCAGACUCUCUAAAAGAGGAUCCACACUUGGACCAUCCCCCCCCCAACCGAGGUAAUUCCUCUUCCUCCAUAACAGCCCAGCACAUGACUGGAGCUGGAAUCCUGUCUGCCUUGAGUUUUUUCUUUGAAUCUCUCCCGUUUCUUUCCACUGGUUCCAGCACCACAAGGUUCGGACAGCCUUUGCAUUCUAGAGCUGCUCAAAGGAGGCUUUGAGUUGGCUUGGGAGAGCUGCUAACUGGCCAUCACUCAGAGAAAGGAACACAAGAGGUGUGAACCCAGAAAUCAGAGGGGGCUUUACAACUGCAGGCUCGAGGUGGCUAAUGGAAUUCUUUCUUUCAGCUCCUUUCGGAUUCACUUCUGGGGGUGCUGAUGUGGCCCCAAAUACCUGCUCUGGCGGCCUUGAGGGGGACCCCUGGAACUAGGAAUUCAACCCCCUGCGGGCGGGGCGCUGGGGGAAAUCUGAUUAGAAGAAUGACUUUGUCCCCAUCCCUCCCUCACUUCUAGAAUAUUGUUUAUUCAAUAAAGCAGAAGA